AUGAACCAAGCUCUUUGUUUAUCAGAGAAGAUUGCAACAUCAUACAUCACAGAUAAAUGUAAUCGCAAUUUUUCGUUUAAAUGCCCAGUAAAAUCAGAUCAAAGCUACGAAUUACUUCGACAAAUCAUAUCACAAGGACGAAUUUCAUGUGAAAUCACAGAAAACAUCACAAAAGAUCUAUUUGAGCUUGGUUAUAUUCUCGGGAAUCGAGACUUAAUGAAACCAUUCAUCAAUUCAAUCAACUCUAACGAAUUAUCUCUUGUUAACGUUUUUGAUGUUUUAGAAAUAUCAAAUAAAUUCGGCAACAUCAAUCGCGAGAUAUCAUACAUUGCAUCACACUUAUGUGAUUUUGAGACAUCCUUUCUCAUUUCUCGACUUUCAGAUUUAGAAUUAAACCUUGUUGAACUCAUUUUUCAACAUCCAAAACUAAAGAUCACAUCAGAAGAUUAUAUUCUAGAUAUAAUAACUAAUCUUUGUUCAAUUAAUGAAAAAUAUCUCAAACUUUUUGAAUAUACGAAACCAGAAUACGCAACAACAAAAGGUAUUCAUAAAUUUAUCACACUUAUUGAUCGUAUUAUAAACAAAACAGACAAUUUUCCAUCAAUAUGGUCAUUUACUCGAAAAAUACUAAAGCAAAUUAAUUUUCCAAUAAAAAUUGAUAGCAAUGAAACAAAAACUUUAGCAAAUAAAUCGAAUACAAUUACUGAAGAAACAGGAAAUAACCAAGAGAAAGAAAAAUCUUCAUCUUCUCCUCUGAAGUUACCAAAUAUUCCAUUACUUUCGAAAUUUUUACCAUCAGUUAACAACGAUAAUUAUCUUUGUAACAUUCUUCGUCAAGGGAAAGGCACGAUCACAGUUAGUAGUGAUGAAGAAGGUAAAGCAGAACAAAUCAACAGUAAUGAUCCAGACAGUGAUUUUUACUCUAAAAACAUUGCUAAUUCAUGGGUUCGUGCUUCACUGGAUGGAUAUGUUAUUCCAUCAUCAUACACUCUUCAAUCUACUAUAACAGAUUCUUCCAUGCUCUUGAAAUCUUGGAAACUCGAAGGCAUCACAGCACAAGGUUCACAUGUUGUUUUAGAUGUUCACAACAAUGAUAGUUUUGAUCAAGGGGAAAUUCGAACAUUUGAUUUAAACACACAAGACAAGUUUGUUGGAUUCAUUCUCACACAGACGGACUACAACUGUGAUGGUGACUACGAACUUGCAUUAAAUAUUUUUGAUAUUAGCGGAUUCUAUUCGGAUAAUUAG